AUGGGCAUGUCUUUGCAAAUCUUGGAACAAGUUGGACAGGGCGGUUUUGCUACAGUGUAUCGCGGCCGAUUGGGCGGCCGGAAAGUAGCAAUCAAGAGGACCUUCGGCGGGCAAGCGAGCCCCGGUAGACGCUGUGCUGCCAAAGAGUUUGCCUUUCUACAAUCGCUUCGACACAAGAAUGUCAUCGAGUUUGUAGCAGCCGCCGAAAGUGUCAUUUUCACCGAUCUGAUUCUGGAAUUCUGCGUCAAUGGCAGUCUUCAGGGUCUAAUCCAUGGUCCUCGAGGCGGGCGUGUACGAUCCAGAUUCCCGGCUGAAAGGCUGAAUAGACAAGCUGCUGCUGCUCAACUCAUCAGCGCGAUCCACUACUGCCACUAUGGAUUCGACGGCUACCAAAUUAUUCAUUGCGAUAUCAAACCCGACAAUGUAUUGAUCACUUCCGGCGGCAUUCUGAAGCUCUGCGAUUUUGGUCUGGCCAAGAAGGCAUACUGUGGCAAGUGCGAGACCCGCUCGUAUGACGGUACGCCUGGAUACAGAGCUCCAGAGAUCCUUUGCUGUAGGCCGUACGGCCCUGCCGUCGAUCUCUGGUCCCUUGGUUGCACUCUGUAUGAGCUGUUUACAGGCAAGUACCUCUUUCACGAAGUUCUGCUGAGCGCGACGUCAUCAGAGAUUGGCCUUCUACGCGACGCCAACUUCAUGGUCAACGCAAAUACACCUCGUACUCCCACGUACAAUUCCAGAAGCAACCCUCGAAGGUCCACGUCGCGCCAGAAAGAGUCAAAAGCCCUCGGAUCGAUUGGCACUCUCUUCCCCUACGCCCUGUGUUGUCUCCUGCGCGGAACGUCCGCCUUCGUGCGUGCCAGCGAUGUGAGACUAUCAACCUGGCCUCAUGUUGACAUGAACACGCCCCGAUCGGAUGAGUCCGUGUCGUCCGAUAUGCCUGCGAAGAUCUGCGCCAAGGAGAAGACCUCACUGGCCAGCGUUGAAGGCGUUAGCAUCUCGGUCAAUGUGUGA